UCGCGCGCAGCGUCCUCGACCCUCUUCUCGUCCUUACCAUCCCUUCAGUCGUCGCCGUCGCCUACGGCAUCCUCGUAUCUUUUACUCGUUUGGGCCUCGUCGCGCCACCUCGCCCGGGAAUAUGCUUCUGACAUCACUCGUCCCGCUUGUCCUCGCCGCUCUCCCUGCCCUUGGCCAGGACAUUGUUUACAACAGCGCACACAAUGCUACACCCAUCACUGGGACAUGGUCUUCGGGAAGCAAGGCGGUCUCAACUGGACCCGGGUUUGCUGACCCUCUGAACCAGUCCUUCACUUACCCCGUUAACACUGGUAUCUCGUAUUCUUUCGAUGAAGCUGGGCAUUAUGAGAUCGCACGGUAUCGCUUCAAUAGCAACGGCUCUGAACCGACGUGCAUUACUGGUGUCAUGAACUGGGUGCACGGGACCUUCCAGCUGCUGGGCAAUGGCUCAAUCGUCAUGACCCCCUUCGGCGAUGGUUACCAGCAGAUCCAGGACCCGUGCGGUGCGGAGUCGAACUUCAUUCAGAGCUACAACGACACCGAACUCUACGUGAUGUGGCAAAUCUUUUUGGAUCCUACGGACGGCCCCAAGCUGCAUCUCUUCCAGUUCGAUGGCACGCCGCUGGCACCACAGUUCCAGCUCUCCGCUACCCCGAACAUGCUUCCCACGCAGCCGCUCUUCAAUGUUACACCCCCAGUCGAGUCUUCCGACGGCUCUGUCUCGCGGAAGCGCGGCUUGAAGAAGAGAAACGCUGGAGAGAGGACGUGGACCCCGGCAGGGCUGGUCGGUUUGGUCUUCUCGCUUGGCACCGCUUGCGCUGCCUCGCUCAUUUUCUGAACGGAGUGGAUACUUUUUUUUUUCGCUACUCUUCUCACACUGACUCUAAUCUGCUUUCUUCAUCCUCGCACGUCUUUACAUUCUCGCAUUUGGACCUUUCAACUUUUUCUUCUUCUUCCCGAGCUACUACCCCCAGUUCUUUUAAUACCCAGUCGACCGUAUCCGCUCCUUUAUGCGCUCGACUACCGUCAUGCCCCAAAACACGCCUAUGUAUUUUACCAUUUAGAUUUCGUUGGUUACCUGAGGUGCCCACUCGUUAUUCGUUUGUGCUGCCAUCCGGUGCGUGGGAUCGGACGUGGUCAGAAGGUCAAUGCUGCGGAUAUACGAUCU